UUAGAGGUCCAACGGUCAAGGGGCCGAAAGCGGGCUGGGGUGGGGGGUGGGGGGGUCCCGGGAGCCCAAACGGGCCCUUCAAAAUGCCUAAAAUGGUGAACAAACCCAAAUGGCGUAGAGGGGAAUUCAGAAGGAUGCGGACAGAGUUGCUCAAGGCAGCCUUCGUGGAGACAUGUCUUCAAAUGGCCGAAAAAAAAAGGCAAGAUUGGGAGAUGAGACGGACCAUCGUCCUGUGGAAGAAGCCCCUCCUCACUCUGCGCUACCUUUUACUGGAAAGUCUCAUCACCAUGAAGGGGUGGUUUGUCAAGCUGUGGUGGUGGCGAAGCUUGGUGGCCUUAGCUUUACUUCUGUUCAUCAUGCUUGGCGCUGCCUAUCACAUCGAAGGAGCUCACCAAGAGUAUGUGCACUAUGUGGAGAAAAAGCUGCUGUGGUGUGGCUACUGGCUUGGCUUAGGGAUUCUCUCCUCUCUUGGCUUCGGAACAGGUCUCCAUACUUUUCUGCUCUAUCUGGCCCCUCACAUCGCCUCCGUUACCCUGGCUGCUUAUGAGUGUGGCAGUGUUAACUUCCCAGAGCCACCCUAUCCUGAUAGGAUUAUUUGCCCAGAUGGACAAAGCAUUGAAGGAUCUGUCUCUUUGUGGACCAUUCUCUCAAAGGUUAGGCUUGAAGCCUGCAUGUGGGGUGUUGGCACAGCUAUCGGAGAACUUCCCCCUUAUUUCAUGGCCAGGGCAGCCCGACUGUCAGAACCUGAAGCUGAUGAUGAAGACUUUGAGAAGUUUGUAAAAAUGCUGGAAGAAGAUGAAUCUCCUCAAAAUGUUGCUUCCUGGACUAAGCAAGCUGUACAGAAUAUAAUCAAGAAGGCUGGGUUUUUUGGAAUACUGGCCUGUGCUUCAGUUCCAAAUCCUCUAUUCGAUCUGGCAGGGAUAGCAUGUGGACACUUCCUGGUUCCUUUUUGGACCUUCUUUGGUGCAAUCCUCAUCGGAAAAGCCUUAGUGAAGGUGCACAUCCAGAAACUCUUUGUUGUUAUGACCUUCAGCAAACACAUCGUGGAACAGAUGGUCACUUUCAUUGGUUCCAUCCCCAGAUUAGGGCCUUUUCUGCAGAAACCAUUCCAAGAGUACUUAGAGGCACAGAGGCUGAACCUUCACAACAAAACUCAAAUAAAAAGUUUGCCAGAGGCAAAAAGCUGGAUGUCCUGGAUUUUUGAGAAGCUGCUUAUCGUGAUGGUGUUCUACUUUGUGUUGUCUAUUAUUAAUUCCAUGGCACAAAGGUAUGCCAAACGAAUCCAAGAGCAAAUGAACUCAGAGGAAAAACUGAAUUAAGGCAAAGUUUAACAUGUGCAUUCACAUCAACACAAUUAAUGGAAUCAACUUGAAUUAGACUGUUCUAUAAAGAAAAGAAGAAAAUCCUUUUUUCCACACUAAUGAAUUUUUCCUUAUGGGGGAUAAACAAAAACAUUGGUUUUGAAGGCCAUUAUUCCAUCCUUUUCAUUGAGAGAACUGUAUGUAAAAGGUAUGCAUUCUAUUUCAUUCUGAGUUGGGUUUUCUUACAGUUGGUAUAUGGAUUUAAAGUUCCUUUCCAGGUGAAUGCACAGUUGUCAAAUCAAUUCAGCCACCUCUGUCCAAAAACACAAUCUUUCAAUAAAUUUUGUCUUGGCAU